AUAGGGCUCUGUUCUGAACUCGUGUACCCAUGAUGCUGCGGGUUUGUCGAAACUUUCACAGGCACGGAAGAGGAUACAGGCAGGUUAAAGCAAAAACAAAAGACAUCCACUACCACGCUGUUUUUAGAUAUAAAAAUGUACGAGUGUCGAUAGCAUUCCGAGACGGUCUGCUGUUAGAUAUGUGUUGCUGCUGUCAACGUACGCUCGCAGUUCAGGCGCAACGUGCACGCGCAGCGGAGCUCAUUGAGUGACAGGUUACUAGACAUGGAUCAUAAGGAUGUAUUUGCAGCACUGCAGAUGGUAUGUUCAGAUGUCAUCUCGGCUCUUAAUGGAUCCCGCAACAAUUCUUCAAAUGCCGAUGCCACCAAUCGUCUGUUGGGGGUCAUGAGGCAGAUUCAGGAACAUGGUCGUGCUGUUGAACCAUUGAUCACUAGUUUCACUGCUGUCUAUCACCAUUUUGAUUUGGAUGCGCAGACCCCUGGCAAUGGAUAUCGCACCUUAGUCAAGGUGGUCCAUUCCUGCAUCUUCCACAUCCUUCAGAAGGCCCGUUACAUCGCAUCAAACUGCACUGGAGCGUUUUUCAGGAUGGACCAUAAUAUGGCAGAAAUGGAUGCGUACUGUAGUGCCCUGUGCCAGCUGCGGGCGUUGCUUUACCUGGCACAGGUAUUACUUAGUGACAAUGCCCAUGGUCAGCUCUAUUCACAGGAGGAAGGGGGUUUAAGCGAGAGGUUUGUGCAAGAGUACAUCUCCAUGCACAAAGCAUGUUUCUAUGGUCGUUGUUUGGGAUUCCAGUUUUCCCCUUCGCUCAGGCCUUUUCUACAGACAGUGGUCAUCAGUAUGGUGUCCUUUGGUGAAAACUACAAGAAACAGCAAACUGGGUUAGGCAUUGCUGCUCUUUCUUUCUUCACAUCGGGCAAAUACAUGGUAGAUCCUGAGCUGAGGGGGACAGAGUUUGAGCGCAUCACACAAAAUCUAGAUAUGCAGUUUUGGAAAACCUUUUGGAAUCUUACAGAGACUGAGUUAUUAUCAAGUUUGACAAGGAUUACUUCCACUGUGGUGCAAGUGAAUGUAAUAUUAACCAUACCAGCUGAAAGUCUGAGUUUGCCACUGGCCUCUGACCCCAGUUUCUCAGUCUUUAUGAAUCCUCCGGUUGCACACUGGGGCCCUGGGCCAGUCAAAGUGCGCUUGAUCUCUCACACACUCCGACAAGGACAGGACAGUGCAGAACUGUUGGCCCUUUCUCGUCCCGAGGGGCCUCAGCUCUCUCUGCCAGGGGGUUUCAGUCGUCAGACAGCUCCUCUUUCUCCAUGCCUGCUCAUACACUUCCACGGAGGAGGCUUUGUCGCACAAACUUCAAAAUCACAUGAGAAUUACUUGAAGAGCUGGUCAAAGGAUCUGAAUGUGCCUAUUCUCUCUGUGGAUUACUCGUUGGCUCCAGAGGCCCCGUUCCCCCGGGCUCUAGAGGAGUGUUUCUAUGCCUACUGUUGGGCCUUAAAGAAUUGCCACUUGCUGGGCUCGACUGCAGAACGUGUUUGUUUGGUGGGAGACAGUGCAGGUGGUAACCUGUGUAUAACAGUCUCUAUGAGGGCAAUGUCUCACGGCGUACGUGUUCCUGAUGGGAUUGUGGCAGCGUACCCAGCAACUCUGCUAACAACAGAUGCCUCACCAUCCAGACUGCUCACUUUAAUCGACCCUCUGCUGCCUCUGAGUGUGCUCUACAAGUGUAUUGAUGCCUAUGCUGGUACAAGUUUUCAGUCAGCACAGCCGGCUCAGCAGUUAGACACCUUGGCCGCUUUGGGACACGACACAGUAAAGUUGUUGACUAACUUCGCCCAAGGAGCGACAAAUUGGUUUCAGACCCUAUUAGAUCCAAAAGCAGCAUCGUCAUCCUCUUUAACCACAUCAUCAAACGGUCCUUCAUCUACCAAGUCACAUUCUGUAGAAAAACCACAGGAAGUCAAAGAAUACCCAGACAACUUUGAGCCACUCCGGUCUCGGUGUCUGGUGGAUAUACGGACACCUUGCACACCAAUAAUGAAGAACCCGUUCGUUUCUCCUCUACUAGCUCCGGACAGUCUUCUCAAGGGGCUUCCACCAGUGCAUAUAGUGGCCUCUGCUUUGGAUGCCCUGUUAGAUGAUUCGGUGAUGCUUGCCAAAAAGCUUAGGAAUAUGAACCAGCCUGUAACGCUCACUGUGGUUGAAGACCUUCCCCAUGGCUUCCUGAGCCUACUACAGCUUUCCAAAGAAACCCAGGAAGCAUCUGAUAUAUGUGUGAAACGAAUCAGAGAAGUCUUCCAGCAAGAGGAACUACCUGCUGAUCAGAGGCAGCAGGGGCUCAAUUAGACCGUUUAGGCUUGGGAAAGUCAUCAUGAUGGACCACCAAUGUUCAAGAAGUUCCAGGGAUCUAAAUAAUAAUGAAGUGAAAGUAGUUUUGAAAGGUUUGAAACCAGAUUUUUCUUUUUUUUUUUAAGAUAAGUCUGUCCACCAGCUGAACUCCUGGAAGCAAUUGUAGAUCCAGCUUGCAAUACCACAGUCAUAGGCUUAAUGUGCAGCCAGUUUUGCAUCAGAAUGACUCAUUUUUAAGUAUUCACAAUAACUAUCCACUGUUGUGUUCUAAAUGAACUGAAUGUCUAACCAUCCACCAAAUUUUCACCAUUGUGCCUGUAGUGAUGCAAUUAGAUGCAAUCCUAGCUACUUCUGCUCCGCAAAUGAAUAUUUUUAAAGCAACUGCUCUGUGGAUUUUUAUUAAAAUCACCAUGUCUGACUUAUUUUUAUCUGAAAUGAAAAUGGUUUGAAUGUUUUUGAAUUAAAUGUAAAGGUUGUGUCAAAUACACAGCACUCUCUAU